AUGGAGCAACAGACAGCUGAAGGAGACAAUUGGUCUACUGUUGCAGAGAAUGGUUCAGGCUACGGUGAAACCCAGGGAGAUGCAAAUAACAACCUUCGGGCAUCAUGGAGACCAUAUCGAGGUCGCUGGAAUGCGAAGACGGUGACUCGCAAUGACCCGGGAAGAGCAGCGGUGCAGGCCCCUGAGAGAGUUGCGCCUGGCAACCCGCGGAGGAGUCGCAGGCUGCGCAACCAGGUAUCGGCGGACAGAAAUUUGAACGCAGACACACAGGCGCAUCAGUUUCGUCCGGAAGGGCCGUUCCCUGUUCGCCCAGCACCAUCAGUCUCGCAGUCGUAUUCUUCACAGAACAAUACCCACAUGGGAGCGAGCCACAAUGCUUCUAGCAGUCAUCCAAACCUCAAUAUGCCCGUAUUCCCUGGAGGUCCAAGCGGGAUGGCUUUCAAUGAACAGGGACUUCAAUUUCCGUUCUUUUCUCCAAAUAACUCGAACCAGCAGUCCCAAUCACAGCCUUCCAAUCAACCUGCGUUUGGACCGUUUAACCCUGCUUUGCUGAAUGACAUGAGUAAUCCUCUGAAUUUCUUCUCCCUCAUGCCUCCACCUCCCUUCAUGAUGAACUUUGGUCUACAAAAUCCCGCGAUGGCGGGACCCCUCUUAAGUGGAUUUCCGUCCUUGCCCUUUGAUCCGAUGGCUUUUACAGCAGCUGGUUCUGCUGGAGGCAACAUCCCAGAUACGCUUGGUCAACCACCUGUCGGAGCAUCGGCAACGAAGCAUGAAGCUUUGCCGCCACCUAAACCUCCAUCCCCUGUCAGAUCAUACAUUGAGCAGUCGACCUUACCGCCCAAAUUGGUCGUUUCUCCCCAACCACUGCUGGUCAUCUUGGAUUUGAAUGGUACGCUAAUCUACCGUAAGCACCGGCGGUUCCCCCCUGUGUUUUCCAGAAGGGCAGGGCUGGACGAGUUCUUGGAUACCUUGGUGAGAAAAUACAAGGUUAUGAUCUGGUCCAGUUCCCAGCCGAACACAGUGAAGGCGGUUUGUGACAAGCUCUUCCCGGGCAAUAAACGAAAGGCACUUGUUGCGGAAUGGGGUCGUGACAAGUUCGGUCUCACGUCAUCCCAAUACCGGGCCAAAAUCCAAGUUUACAAAACAUUAGAGACAGUAUGGAGCAAUAAGGAGAUUCAAGCGUCAUACCCAUCGCCUUCUCAGAAUAAACGCCGCAAAGCCGCACAGAAUGGUACGCAGUUGAAAACCCGAUGGGAUCAGUCCAACACGAUCUUGAUUGACGACAGUAAACUCAAGGCUCUCAGUGAACCAUACAACAUACUUGAGAUUCCAGAGUUUACCAACCAGCCCGGUCUCGAUGAGUCCACAAUAUUUCCAAAGGUUAUGCAGCUCCUGGACGAACUAGCAACACAUGACGAUGUCAGCAAAGUGCUCCAUCAGUGGAACUUAGAGUUACCCGAAAACCAAGGCAUUCUUGAGCUUGACCUCGGCCUCAGCACUACUGAGGUCGACCAGAAUCACAACAAUAACACCACCGGUGACGCCCACUCUCCACCUUCCCAACAAGACAUUCCAACCGGGCCGACAGCCAUGGCAGAAGCCCGCAAAGAAAGGCGCAAAAGGCGCAAGGAGCAACGCAAGGCCCGCAAACAGGAGCAAAAACUAGAGGCAAAAGCGGAAACGAAAGCUCAUAAGAAAGCACAAAACGCCUCCCCAACAGAUCAAGCAGAUAAAACUACCGCCACUACUGUCACUAUCCCAGCAGAAGCAACUACCGGUAUCUCCUCCACUGAAUCUGCAACAGGCAUCGUGCAACCGACCCUUGACCGGUCACCAUCACCCGCGACUUCAUCUGCCGAAUCCGAGAAUUUUCUCCUAGAUCGAUUAGAGGAUUCUUUGAAUGUUAAAACCGACUAG